GGCACGCGCCUGGAAGAUGCGCUCUGGGGCGCGGUCGCGGGUUAUGUAUCGCUUUGGCUGGUUUACUGGGCCUUCAAACUCGCGACCGGCAAGGAGGGCAUGGGGUUUGGAGACUUCAAGCUGUAUGCCGCCCUGGGCGCGUGGCUGGGCUGGCAGGCGCUGGUUCCGGUCAUUUUGAUGGCUUCCGUGAUUGGGGUUGUGAUGGGCAUCGCCAUCAAAGUGUUCAGUCAGCUUCGGCGGCUACUUCCCCUUUGGGCCUUUCCUGGCGCUGGCCGGUAUCACGGCCAUGUUGUUCGGCCCUUCGUCGAUCUUGUCCGCCAUCGGUCUGUGACAAUGGCGCCGUCACCAAGCGCUGGCCUGCGCCUGGGGCUGACGGGCGGCAUUGGCAGCGGCAAAAGCACGGUGGCGAUGCUGUUGCAGGCACUCGGCGCCCAAGUCAUCGACGCCGACGCCAUCUCCAGAAGCGUUACUGCGCCAGGCGGGAGCGCCAUACCCGCAGUGAGACAGGCGUUUGGUCGGGAUUUCGUCGCCCCCGACGGCUCGCUCGACCGCCAGCGCAUGCGUGAAAGGGUUUUCGCUGACCCGCUGGUGCGCCGGUUGCUGGAAUCCAUCGUGCAUCCUUUGGUGGCGCAAGAGGUGCGGCGU